AUGCUUGUGAGGUUUUUAAUUCUUCUUGUAUUUGUGCUUGGCGCGGUUUAUGCACAAACGCACAACUGCGUAUAUGGUUAUAAACCAUCAAGUCACAUUGGUAAACUUCGAGUUCCAAUCACUUGCAAUCUUCAACAGUUGGACUGCCCGUCUUCUUGGAAAUCUGGAAUUCCUGAAGGCAGCGAAACAUCUGCGCCAAUGAUUUACCAGAAAUUUCUGAAUUGUCAUGAAGGUUUUACUUCGUGCGGAUACGUCCCGAUCGAUCCAAAAUCUGGCGAAAUUCUUGGAGAAAGUGGCGUUACGGUUGGCGCUGGUGUUGAUCUCGGAAACAAGUCGAGGGCGUCUUUGACGUCAUUGUCAAGCACAUUAGUUGACAAACUUGAACCUUACUUUGGUUUGAAACGAAAUCUCGCUGCUUGUGCUGUAAUUGAACGUCCUUUAAGCCUAACGCUGGAUGAAGCAAACACUUUAACUGAUGCUGUUACAAAUGGUGUGGUUGAAAAAGUUUCAAAAAGAUACGACAGCGAUAAAGAUGAGAAUGCGCUGGUGUUUGCAUCAGUUCCUCGCGGUAUUCGUACAGCCAUUGCUAGCGUUUGGUAUCAGUUUGGUUAUCCUUCAGCGUAUCCAAGGUUUUGA